AUGUUUGACUCCGUAUUAACUCCACCACCUAUCACUAAUGCCACAGACCUUGAAGAACCUAACUGGUCUAAAGAACAACCUCCCUCGUAUACAUCAUCCGGGUCUUACCUUACUGGGACAGACAAGUUCGAGGAUCUCCAUCUCGAUGACCCUAAAGAUACAAACGAUGAUGUUUGCAAAGAAGCAGAACGAGCCUCUACUGGAUGGGCCAACGCAUCAGAAGUGAUUAUCCCACCACCCAGCCAAGCAUACUUUACUGGUGUGAAAAGCCAGGCAGCCGUCAUCAGGGCCCCCCUUUUAGAAUCUCAAUGGUCCCAAGAACAAACUCUUCCCGUUUACCAGCCAUACCAGAUCGGACAAACUAGGUUAGAAGAAGCCAGCCCCCAAUCCGACGCCGAAGCAACACAAUCCUCUACCUGGUGGUCCGCUCGAUGGUCCACGACAUGGGCCCAAGCAUUUGGCGAGACCAUUUCACCACCCAACCCAGUUCAUUUCCCCCUCGAUCAACCCCAUAACCAUACCUCCAGUGGUAAUCUUAACCGUAACACCAGUCUCACCGGUCGAAACCCGCAUAAAGGAUUCCACCAAACUAAAAAACUCCUCGGCAACCAACUGAUGAAUCGUAUCACUUACAUGAACGGAAACACACACACUUCCAUAAGAUACUACGAGGACCUUACCCCAGACCGUCGGAACACAUAUGAACAAGCAGCAGGAUCCUUCAUCGACUGCGCAAAAAAUUUAAUUCUACAGUCUGAAGGACCAAAUCAGCGAGUGGAUGAUUGGAUGAUAAUGGGAUUUAUUGAUAAGAAAUAUACGGUUCCAGAAGAAGGAGAGAAGAAACCGUAUUUGUUUGGAGAGUGGGAGUAUCUCUGGGCGAUUGAUAAAGAUGAGAUCGCGGAGGCUAGAAAUUCAAUGCUUGAGAAAGUCCUAAGAGCUGGGAAAUCUUGGAGAGAUGGUUGGACUUGGUAUCGCAUACCGACUGUGGAAGAUUGGAAAUGGUGGUGUGGAGAAUGGAGGAAAGUGCCGGGUGCGAUUCGGGAGUGGAAACCUGCAGAGGAAGUUUGGCCGUGGCAGCGGAGAUUUUGGGCUGAAGUUCUUUCCUUGGAGGCAAAAUGUGAAUUUUGA